AUGCGGGAAUCGCCCCCUCCCAGCUUCGCGGAGGCCUUGUCAGACUCCCAGAGCGUCGUCGAUACAAAAAAAGGCAAAUGGACGCCAAAAUCACUCAUUCGACAUGCUGAGCGCUCCCAUCGUCGGAUACCGGGAGUCCGCAAAAUCCCCUUUCCGGCCCUUGCUAUCAUCCUAUUCAUUGCAUUCAUCAAUGUAGUGGUAUGGAUUGCGGCUGCUAUUGUUCUGCGGUUAAGGCAUGCCUUUGAUGCUGACCAUAUUUCAGCUAUCGAUUUAAUGACGCGUAGGCUGCUGGCCACGGGUCAAAAGCCCGUCACUGUGGGAACCUUUUUCUCCUUGGGUCACUCCACUAUUGUCAUCAUCACAUCUAUUGUUGUGGCUGCCACUGCAGCCGCCGUGUCAUCCCGCUUUGACAGCUUCAGCACUGUUGGCGGAAUUAUUGGCACAUCCGUCAGUGCCGCUUUUCUCAUCUUGCUAGGUCUCAUGAAUUUCUACAUCCUUUAUAAGCUGUACAAGCAGAUGCAGAAAGUCUUAGACCUGCCCGAAGGCCAAGAAGACGAGGCCUGGAAGAUUGAAGGAGGUGGAGUCCUCUUCUCUAUCCUGAAACGGAUGUUCAAACUGAUUGACCGUCCUUGGAAGAUGUACCCGCUUGGUAUUCUUUUUGGUCUUGGAUUUGAUACAUCUUCGGAGAUCGCUCUCCUUGGAAUUUCCUCUGUUGAAGCUGCGCGAGGCACAGAUUUCUGGGUUAUCCUGAUCUUCCCAAUCCUCUUUACAGCUGGAAUGUGCCUCCUCGACACCACUGACGGGGCCCUCAUGCUCUCGCUAUACAUUCAGCCCGCUGCCAACUUCCUCCCACCAAAGGAAGACAGCUCGACCGCCGAGACGCCGCUCAUCGGCGAGGACCACGAAAUCGCGCCAUCGCAGAACCACCGCGACCCCAUCGCGUUUUUGUACUACUCUAUCGUGCUGACCUGCUUGACCGUCGUCGUCGCUAUCGUGAUCGGAGUCAUUCAGCUUCUCACUCUCGUGCUCAACGUCGCCGAGCCGACUGGCAAAUUCUGGGAUGGGGUGCAGACAGCCGGCGACUACUACGACGCUAUUGGCGGCGGUAUUUGCGGGUUAUUCAUCAUCAUCGGCGCUCUCAGUGUUGUCGUCUACAAGCCAUGGAGGAGAUGGGUUGCGAGAAGACACGGAAAGACCAUUGUGACCGACGAAGAAGGAAACCAGGAUAAUGUCGCGGCACCAAGAUCGGAGACCCCUAUUUUGAGCGAAGAACGGGGCGUAAGAAAGCUGCAUCUCAGGUUGCGGUGGAGCCGCUUCUCAUCCUGUCCGGCCAUCUUUGUGCUGCCUACCCACCUCAGUCUGGAAUCACUGCAUCAAAUAGAAGAGAGUCUCGUCAGUCGAGACGCAAGCCUGACAUACGACGCUUCCGAGGCGAGAUGGAUUCUCGGCAAGAUCGGACAGAAGAAACGGGCCGCUCUGGAGCUGCGAUCCCGUGGUGUAUGGACAGAGGACCUUGAUCUUUCCACAUCCAGGCCCCCGGCGAAGAAAGCGAGCAUUCAUGAACCCACUCCGCGACCUGUGGAAGUCGUCGCGGAGGUGGACGUAGUUGAUCUCAGUACAGAGACGGAGAGUGAAGAAGACGGCGUGCGAAGCAAACAUGGCACCGGCAAACGUUUAAAGCGACCAAGGCCAAGAUCCGUAUCAAGCGAUCGAUCAUCGGUCGAGUCGAGCUCAGACAAGCAGGCAGAUACACUCCGGGUUGUCCGUCUAGAAUGGCUAGACCGAUGCCUUGAGUCAAAAGAGCUUGUACCCAUCGAUCCGUUCGUGGUAUACCAAGCUCGCAAGGUCGAGCGCCCUGCCAGUAGACCCAAGGUAGAAGGCCCCCAAGCAAACGAUAUACUACAAAGGGCAAAGCAAGACACGCUAUCCAGGCCACCCCCGGCACAAUCUAGCCGGUUCUCUCGCCGAACCCACGAAGCACCAUCCAGCCAACAUCGCCCACCAAAGCUCUACCGACAGACGACAUCCGAAAAUGAAGAAACAGCCCCCUUACCACCAGCCCCAGACUGGGUCAAGAGUCAUACCCUAUACGCCUGUAUGCGCUCUGCACCUCUCCACCCACCCAACGAAAGAUUCAUCAACCAACUAGUCAAGAUCCGUACAGUCCGAGAGUUGACACUCGACGAGAUUGGCGUGCGAGCUUACAGCACUUCUAUCGCAUCAAUAGCCGCCUACCCGUACGAAUUUCGCCGUCCAUCCGAGAUCCUCACCCUACCGGGCUGCGACGCCAAGAUCGCCAACCUCUUCGCCGAAUACCAGCAGAGCGAAGAUGGCACCGUCGAAGCCGCGACGGCACUAGACACAGACCCGGUCCUCAGAGUCAUACACGAAUUCUACAAUAUCUGGGGUGUGGGCGCCAAAACAGCCCGCGACUUCUACUACCACCGCCAAUGGCGAGAUCUAGACGACGUAGUCGAAUACGGCUGGAACAGCCUCUCGCGCGUGCAGCAGAUCGGCGUGAAAUACUACGACGAGUUCCUGCAGGGUAUCCCCCGCCACGAGGUCGAGGAUAUCGCCAAGAUUAUCCAUCGACACGCUAAUCUCGUCCGUCCGGAUGCCCGGUACGACGGCCGUGGCGUGGAAUGUAUUGUGGUGGGCGGGUAUCGACGGGGCAAGGAGGCUAGCGGUGAUGUUGAUCUCAUCCUGUCUCACCGUGACGAGUCUGUAACGAAACACCUGGUCGUCGAUAUCGUCGGGAGCCUCGAAUCAGAAGGCUGGAUCACACAUACCCUAACCUUGCACAUGACCACCUCCAACCGGGAUCAACAGACGCUACCCUACAGGGGAGACGGCACAGGGAAACAUUUCGACAGUCUCGACAAAGCUCUCGUUGUAUGGCAAGACCCGAACUUCGAGGACGACACCGACCCCACCCCGACGUCUGAAGCAGAUGCCGAAGAGCAAUCUCGCCAGAAACGGAAACGUAACCCUAACCCCCACCGCCGUGUGGAUAUCAUCAUAUCCCCCUGGCGCACCGUCGGAUGUGCCGUCCUCGGCUGGUCGGGCGAUACGACCUUCGAACGGGACCUGCGCCGGUGGGCAAAGAAAUCGCGGGGCUGGAAAUUUGAUUCUAGCGGGGUGAGGGAACGUACCACUGGAGGACAAGUGAUGGACCUUGAGCGGGAGGGGAGAACGUGGGAAGAAAGGGAAAGACUGGUUCUGGAGGGGUUGGGGGUUGGUUGGAGGCCUCCGGAGGAGAGGUGUACCAGGUAG